AAAGGAGGGGUUUUAAAAGGUUUUCCUUAGAGAGAGAAGGGGGCGUCGACGUUUUGAGAGAGAAACCCUAAAAAGAAGAAAUCCCCAAAUCGGAGCAAUGGCAAUCGCAAGGACUGGAGUAUACGUGGACGACUAUCUGGAAUACGCAAGUACGUUGCCUGCUGAGCUGCAGAGGCUCCUCAAUACUAUUCGAGAACUUGACGAACGCUCUCAAUCGAUGAUACACCAGACAAGGCAGCAGACGAAGCAUUGCUUGGGAUUCUCACAGAAAUGGAACAUGGAAGAAGACGAGGCCGCCAUUGAAAAAAUGCGCAAAGAAAUCGAAGUCAAUCAGGAGAAUGCUGUCAGUCUCUGUACCGAGAAGGUUUUGCUCGCUAAACAAGCUUAUGACCUGAUAGAUAGUCAUGUGAAACGUCUCGACGAGGAUCUUAACCACUUUGCAGAAGAUCUAAAGCAAGAAGGAAAAAUAUCACCCAAUGAACCAGCAAUUCUUCCUCCAUUACCCAUUGUGCCCAAAACUGAAAAGCGCAAGCCCAUUUAUGUAACACUUCAACCAAAAAGGUUUGAUUAUAGGGAUAGGGAAUGGGAUCGAGAGCGUGACAGGGACUUCGAGCUCAUGCCACCCCCAGGAAGCCACAAAAAGGAAUAUGCUAUUCCCAUGGAUACUGAUCAACCGAUUGAUCCAAAUGAACCUACCUACUGUGUUUGCCAUCAGGUGUCUUUUGGAGAUAUGAUUGCCUGUGACAAUGAGAAUUGCCAAGGAGGCGAAUGGUUUCAUUACGCAUGUGUUGGGCUCACACCAGAGACGAGAUUCAAAGGAAAGUGCACUCUGAAAUUUUUCCUGGAAUUGUUUGGGUAGGUUAUAGCUACCUAAACUCGAGUGAAUUUCCGGUGGGAUGUUAAUGGCCCAUGGUUGUCUUGUCUGUAUAUACCCCUGUGCACCUAACUGGCUAACUGUGGGGAACCAUUCAACGAUCUGGAAUGGAUUGUGACGUUUGGGUUUUUCCUUUGUUUUCUUCUGUUUCAAUUUUUUGAUGCAUUUCAAGAG